AUGACCUUUAGAUUCACGAAAGGUGAUUGGCCGGACACUCACGCCGACCGCAUAGCAGUGGCCUUCAAACCGGAAACAAAGAUCAAAAUGUCGGUAAAGGAAGAAGAUGAGGAAGAAAAAAAUAGAGAUGCUACUAUUUUUAGAAUGGAAAGUGGAAGCAGUGCGGAUUUUAUUGAAAUAUACUUGACGAAGAACAACAGCGUAUGUGCUCUGUACGACGUCGGCAUGGGCAAAAAACUCUUGACUUCCGGCUGGAGCUAUGGUGACGUCAUCAUCGCUCAAAGAUAUCACGUGAUCAAGUUUCAAAGGUCGGGAGCCAAUGCCAGUUUGCAGGUUGACGAUGGGAAUGUGUCCAGUUACAACACCAGCGGUCUAGUCGUGAACGGGUUGAACGUUUUUGAACUGGCUUCAAAGAACCACCCGCAAGUACGUAUUGAAGGCAAAGGUGUUCGACUGGCAAGUGAGAUGAAACAAAACAGACCUGCCGAGUUCGAACUCUGUCGGCACAUAACUCAAACGCCUCGUAUGAAUAACGCAAACUUGCAGUACAUGUAUGUAGGCAGUCUUGGUGUGAUCAUGGUGAAACUGUUAUGUGAGUCAAUGAUAACAUUGCAACGAAGUAAGAAUGGAUGGAUGAUAUGCAAUCCUCAGAGCUGA